UUGCUUUUUUUGUGUAGAAAGACACUACAAACGCAAGCAUUCACGAGAGGAUGACAUCUCUUGUUGUUUGGGGCAAUAUUCACAGUUACAAAGAGAAGAGAUAAUCUCUGAUUAUCCUAAAGAGGUCCAAAACCAAAACCAAUUUAUAUUGAAUUUGCUUUAUCAAUUUGGUAAAAGUAACUCUGUGAGUGAAGAAGAGCUGGAGAAUGUAAAUUUUACAAUUAUGGGUAAAGUCAUUUGUCAAACCUGCCUGUGCAUCCUAUUCGAUGUCAGUGACUGGAGGUACGAAAGAGUGAAGACAUUUUAUCGGGUUGGUGCUAAAGUUAUUACUCAUGGGAAUAAUUUUCGGCACAACUGCAGUAGCAGCAAUAUUCUUAUGGGUGAGGCUUGGCUGCAAAAUCAUUUAGAAACGUUUAGUGAACCAAUGCCACACGAGAACAUAGCUCAUAUACAUGUCCCAACAAAGAAGUCUGUAUUUGAGGACAAGCCAGGGUAUAUACAGAUUUCUGAAUCAUCAAUGUAUAAACAUUGGGACCCCAAAGUUAAAAUCCCAACCAAGAACCAAAUAUUUGCCCGAUGUCCGCAGUGCCAGUCUCUACGGAAGAGAUGCCUUGAAGCUGGAAAGUGUUCAACUGCCAUGGCAGCACUGAAAGAUGAAAGGCAAAAGCACAAAGAUCUAUAUAUGGCUGAAAAGCAAAACUACUACCAACGGCAAAUAAUGAGUGUCCAUCAUCCAGAUGACAUGUUAUGCAUAAUAUAUGAUGGAAUGCACAAGGAGAAGACAAAGAUUCCAAGGUUUUCUGCUAAUCCAUCGAAAGAUCUAGAAAACUCAUUUAGAGUCCCAUGUAACCUUGAAGGGUUUAUUGUCCAUAGACAAGGUUUGCACAUUCAGCCAAAACAAGGAUAUGGCUUUUUAAACAUGUGCUACCCUGAUAAUUCUGAUCUGAUACUCAGCUGUUUGCUGCACUUAGUAAAGUCAAUCGAAAGUCCCUUUCCAAGAAGCAUAAGCCUCCAGUUCGACAAUGCAAGUAACAACAAAUGCAAUGAAGGAGUUGCUUUCUUUGCAUACCUUGUUGCAGAGGAAGUAUUUCACAAUGUUUAUGGUCACACACUUAUAGUGCACCACACCCAUGAAGACAUUGACAGGAUGUUUGAAAAUGCAAACCAAAAGUUCAAAAAAGCUGAUAUGGUCACAUCCAAUGAAUUGUCCAAUCUGAUGAAGAAUGUGCCAUAUGUCAAUGAAGUGUGCAGAGUACCUUGUGUCUGGGAAAUUAUGAAGUUUUUGGCACCAUUUAUACGUACGAUUCAUGAUUUUGCAAAUGUUCAUCACUUCUGGCUUCACAAAAAUGCAGAAGGAAAUGUAGUUCUACACUUUAAACGCUAUGCAAGCGAUCAAUGGCUACCUGACAGCACCAAGCCUGACACAUUCCUAAAGAACGAGGACAAAUAUGGUGUUUUGAUAUUUAAGGAAAAACCAGUUGGUGAACCAACCUUUGUUACACCAUCAUCUCCACUUUCCAAUUCGGACAUGGACAAGCUUAAAACAAGCACAACAAAGCUCCUUCAACAUCCACUUCUUCGGGAUUUAAAACUUGAAGAAAGAAGACUUUGGUGGAAUGACUACCUGGCAGGAUGUUUAUUUGUACCAGACCAAACAGAGUGGCCGAUACCUAUGCUACGAGGUAAAAGGCUGCACCAAAAUGAACUUGAUUCUGAGGCUGCUCGGACUGCCAUUGAAAAUGUACAACAUGAAGAGGAACCUAUGCCACUGGUGUAUUCAGGACCUUAUAUUGACCCUAAAAAAAGAGAUCUGUUAAUGAGGGAGAAUGAGGGAGUAAGAGAACGGUGUGAAUGGCCGGUGAAGAAGGUAGUAAAGGAGAGGAUAAACCAGAGAACACAUAAGAAGCAGUACUUAGUUGAGUGGAAGAAUUCAUGGGUCGAAGAUGAUCAAGUUACAGAAAAGUGUAAGGAGAUGUGGGAAAAGCGGAAAAGAAAUGCAAGGUAGUCCAGCUCCAUAUCUCAUCAUAAUUAUCAUGGCAUCAAUUUCAUUUGCAAGAUUAURUAUCUUUUAACUAACAGUGACUUUUUGUAGUUUAGCUUACCUUUGUAAGUAGAAAGUAACUACUUUUUCCAUUGCAUUCUCAAGAACCAAAASAAAUUUAGGGCAUUUUGAGGGGUGUGUCUGGUAUUUCGACUGUAAACAUACACUGAUUUUCGAUGGAUUGAUUUUAUCAGACUGUGCUUAAAUUACGUUAUUGAACGGCACUAUGUUUGACCAAUUUAAGUAGCAUGACCAGGCAUGUAAAAACCUUUAAACUUAUAAAAUUUAAUGAGGCUAGAGUACUCAGUCGUCGAAGAGAAAGGCAAUUUCUUUUUUGAGCCCCUCUUUUGAUGAUCUUCAUCACAGCAGGAUAACUUAAUAAACGGUAGUUUGCAUUUACCUUCAAAUGAAGAUCAGUAAUAACAGUCUUUUGAAGUCGUAAUAGCUUUAUUUCCGAAUGAUUUACACAAUAAAAGGCAAAUGAAAAAGUUCUGUUUCACCGGUGAACUCCUGCAACGCUUCACUAGGUUAUUUUAGUGGCAUGAAAAUGUUCGCAAUGCCUCACGGUUGUUCAUGCUGAGCAUGAAAAUGCUCGCAAUGCCUCAUGGUUGUUCAUGCUGAGCAUGAAAAUGUUCGCAAUGCCUCACGGUUGUUCAUGCUGAGCAUGAAAGUGCUCGCAAUGAUUCACGGAAUUUCAUGAAAAUACACCCAACGCUU